CCGCAAAAUCGCGUUGCAGACGCGUUCGAGCUGGAGGGCAGCUCUCGAAACCAAGGAUCACAACGUCUGAUCAUUAUUCUACAGAGUAAACUUGCUGUAAUCAGCGCUUAAACAAACCACAAGAUGCCGAGAGAAAUCAUUACGAUCCAGGCUGGCCAAUGUGGCAACAGCAUUGGGAGUCAGUUCUGGCAGCAGCUUUGUCAAGAGCACGGAAUCAAUCAAGAUGGUAACCUGGAAGACUUUGCGACCGAGGGCGGCGAUCGGAAGGACGUCUUCUACUACCAAAGCGACGACACCAGGUAUAUUCCCAGGGCAAUAUUGAUUGAUCUGGAACCCCGGGUUAUCAACGGCAUACAAACGGGUCCCUAUAAAAACAUAUACAACCCAGAGAACUUCUAUGUCGGCAAAAAUGGUGUAGGCGCGGCCAACAACUGGGGUGAUGGCUAUCAGACUGGCGAGUCGGUUCACGAAGACAUUAUGGAGAUGAUUGAUAGGGAAGCAGAUGGAAGCGACUCACUCGAGGGCUUUAUGAUGCUGCAUUCGAUUGCUGGUGGCACAGGCUCAGGUCUGGGCUCAUUCCUCUUGGAAAGGCUAAAUGACCGAUUUCCCAAGAAGAUCAUACAAACGUAUUCGGUAUUUCCGGAUACCCAGAAUGCCGGAGACGUCGUCGUCCAUCCCUACAACAGCAUCCUAGCCAUGAGGAGAUUGACACAGAAUGCCGACUCGGUGGUGGUGCUGGAUAACGGCGCUCUCUCACAUAUUGCAGCCGAUAGACUCCACGUGCAAGAGCCGUCUUUUCAGCAGACAAAUCAACUGGUCUCUACUGUUAUGUCUGCCAGCACAACGACACUGCGAUACCCAGGCUACAUGCACAAUGACCUCGUCAGCAUAUUGGCGUCCUUGAUCCCUACGCCCAAAUGCCACUUCUUGAUGACAUCAUAUACUCCUUUUACGGGAGAUCAAGUCGAGCAGGCAAAGACGGUGCGCAAGACGACAGUUUUGGAUGUCAUGCGCAGGUUACUGCAGCCCAAGAACCGCAUGGUUUCAACGAUACCCGGGAAGAAGAGUUGUUACAUUUCAAUUCUCAAUGUGAUUCAAGGCGAAGUUGAUCCAACCGAUGUUCACAAGUCUUUGCUGCGCAUUCGUGAAAGGAGGUUGGCAACUUUUAUUCCUUGGGGACCGGCGAGUAUCCAGGUUGCUUUGACCAAAAGGAGCCCAUACAUACCAAUGAGCCACCGUGUCAGCGGUCUCAUGUUAGCCAACCACACCAGCAUUGCUACACUUUUCAAAAGGAUCGUAAGGCAAUACGACGGGAUGCGCAAGCGCAACGCAUUCAUAGAAGGCUACAAGAAGACACAGCCAUUCUCGGAAAACCUUGAUGAGUUUGACGAAGCGCGGCAAGUGGUCAGCGACCUUAUCGCAGAGUACGAAGCUGCCGAAGAUGCCAACUAUUUAAACCCGGAUGCCGGUGAGCCUGGCACCUCGGCCGAGACGGAUCGGAGAAUGGGGUGAAUACGUCUUCUAGCUGCGCGUCUCGUUCACUUGUUGCAAUUUCAAUACCCUGUCGGCGUUCUGGAUGUUGUCGUUCUAUGGGAUACAUGGUUUGCGAAGGAAAAUUGGUGGUUAUCAAGUCAAUCUUAGAGGCCAACACAUUCGACUCUAGACAAUUAUGACUGAAAAUGAAUGAUAAUUUCCUCUUGUUCAUCUCAAACCCCGGGCGAUAUUUCCAGCGCUUUUGAAACCAUUCGAGAUUCAUUGCAGGGGCGGGCAAAAAGCUGUAAGUCAUAAUCACAUGGUUUUCAUUGCCUUGCGAGGUCUUGUUCUCGAGCUUCAGGUGAUGCAAGUCAUUGGCUGUGAUUGCGACUGAUUAUAUUGUACAAAUUCGAACCCCAUACAUCCAACAUCCUAUUUCGACGCAUCCUUGGGCGUCUCCGACAGCCCUUCCUUCCCUUGCCUUCCAAUACCGCUCAUGUCAACGCCCGCGCCGACGGUGGCGGGUUCACGCAGCCCCGUGGACGAUGCAUCACCUGUAGAGAUGUCGGAUGCGAGCCUGCCCG